AUGUGCAAAGCAUACGUCGUCGUUGAUCUUCGCCAUCUUGCUGGUGAAGUAAUCGUCUCCAUCUUCUCCAACAAGGAUGCCAUUUCCAAAAUCAUCGAGCGUGGUGAGUUCACUGCAACUCAAAACCGCGCACGCUCGACUCACAAGUCGCAACUCUUCCUCGACGUUGUUGCUCAAGUGCUGCUCCGUGUCGAUGAUGCAGUGCUGAUCCGCAACGAGACAGAUCAGUACCGCAAGCUCGAGAUCGCUCAGAGCUUGAACUUUGAUCGCGACCGGGUCCUCGAUUUCUUCCAUGAUUGA